GUGGUCAACCCUAGGGCUCAUUUCUUGCCUUGAUUUCACUUUUCCUUACUGCGUUUGAGUUGAUGAAUUGAGUCUCUAUAUUUUUAGAAUUGGUUGGUAGCCGAUUUCUUUUUCUCCGGGAUUUACGAAUCUUGAACUGUAUUCGAUUAAUCGGUGGUGGGGGGUUUGGGCGGAUUUGUCCAUGAACGAUUUCCGGAUAUUGUCGUCGGUCGAGGGGUUUGUGUUUGUCGAUGAUGAAAUUUAAUCCUCCAUGCUCUACGAUUUUUUUUUGUUUCGGAAUUUUGCUUUCUUUGAGAUAUUGUGAAACUGUGGAGGUGAUUGUUUCUUAAUCUAGGGCUUUAUACGGGUAAAACUUUGUCUACUUUAUCUCAACGAGGGUUUAAUUGUUUAAGAAUAAAAGGUUUGGAGGUUAAGGUCUCAUGAGAAUUGUUAGGGGAAUGCAGAAAUCGAUUCGCGAGGAGAGCUUACUUGGCUGGAAGAACAAUUCACUUGCAUUUGGAAUUGGUGUGACUGCUCCCAAGGCCAGAACCCGCAACAAGUAUAAACCUGCCAUUUUCGGUCUCUAAUUCUGUCGAGGAGACAGGGUUACGCUACACCAUGACUCGAAUUGUAGUGCAGCGAGGUUCUGCUAGUUCACCAUCUUCAUCUAACCAAAACAGAUCGUCGGCGUCGUCCAGUUCUUCUCCAUCAUCAUCUUCUUCCCCCUCCUUGCCGCAGCAGCAGGAUUCUGGAAUUGGCCAGGUUGUACCGGCAGCUAAGGAUGAAAAUUUGGUAGAAGAACUGCCUGAGCAGAUUGUCGUGGAUGAGUUUUUGGAGUCUUGUGAGGUUUCAGAGAGCAAAAGUGAGGAAAAUACAGGCGAGAGUCUUUCUGCAGGAACUGUGAACCUCGAUCAACAUGAAGAUGAAAAGCUUGGAGAGGAUGAGAAUGUGCGAAAUGAGGAUGUUAUAGUUUCUGGAAAUCUGCUUCAAGGAUUGGGUGGUCUGCCAGUUGUGGAUGAAGAAAAUGAUGGAGCUGUUGGAAGUUCUUGCCAAGUGGUUACUGGCUGCUCGUAUCCACCCCCGCCUCCAGUGCCACCUCCGAAGCCUUCAUCAAUGAGCUCAAGCCCUAGGAGGUUUGCGUCUGCUGACUCAAAUGCAGUUCGGAUUGGUUCAUCCAGGAGAGCUGCUGGUCGGGCCAGUGUAUCGAGCAGGUCAUCUCCAACUGGAUCCCGGCCAUCAUCACCCCGGUCUCAUUCUGAAGGUGAAGGAUAUAACAGUGCUGAUGAACAGGGCCCAUGCUAUAGCUCGUCUUAUGAUGACACUGAGCGAGAACGUCAGUUUGAGGUUGAGUUAAGGAGGGUUAAAAGCUUGGAAGUGAGGAAAAUGAUGGAGGAUGGGAACUGUCUUUUCCGCGCUGUCGCAGAUCAAGUCUAUGGUGACUCUGAAGUGUAUGAUUUGGUUAGGCAGAUGUGCAUCGACUAUAUGGAACGGGAGAGGGAUCACUUCUCACAGUUUAUCACAGAAGGCUUCACUUCAUACUGUAAGCGGAAAAGAAGAGACAAGGUCUAUGGAAAUAACAUCGAGAUCCAGGCUUUAUCGGAAAUGUACAAUAGGCCAAUUCACAUACACUCUUACAGCACAGAGCCUAUAAACAUUUUCCAUGGAAGCUACAGUACGGAUACGCCUCCGAUAAGACUCAGCUACCACCAUGGCAAUCACUACAACUCUCUUGUUGAUCCGCGCCGACUCGCCAUUGGUGCUGGACUUGGAUUUAGCUCUCUACAAGGAACAAAUGUCGACAAGGAUCAGGUCAAAGCAGCUAUCAAGGCUCAACAGGAUCAACAGAUUGACAAUGCACUUCUUGCGGAAGGACGAUUCUACUCUGAUCUUGAGCUGACGGAGAAGGAAAUGGAACGGAUGGUGAUGGAGGCUUCACGGGCUGAAUAUGUUGCGGACGACAAAUUCAAGCAACUCAGUUUAAAAGAGUCCUCGACUUCUAAAGCCGAGCCAUCUUCUUCCGCAGCCCGUUCAUCGGGAAGCGAGGCAAGCCAAGGAGCGCGUGAGUCGGGUUCUCCGGGAUCGGUUCUGAACAGCAGCAUGCAGAUCAUGCUGUCGAUGGGAUUCAGCUAUCUACAAGUGAUGGAGGCUUACAGCAUCUUCGGGGACGACGUGGAUUCCAUGGUUUGUUACUUGAUAGAAACGAGCGGCAACAGCCGACGUAAAGGAAAGGCAACUGAGGGGUGAUGACGAAACUGUGUUCUUCCCUGCCGUCUCCUCGUCAGGUCUCUUAAAACUUCUCUUUUGCUCUAUAUAUAUAUAUAUAUUGACGAAAAGAGAUUGUUGAAACUUACAAACCUACCUAUCGUUUUAAGGCGUCGUGCAGCUAGCUAUCUUGACUUGAUAGAAAUAUUCAAUAAGAUGAAAGACUUGGAACCCGUUUCUAUGCA